GGCUCCAAGACUCUUAGUAGUUGUCAUUCCAAUAAAAUAAAUUAGUCAAUACAAUUUUCUCAUAAAAAAAAUGUGAAAAAGAAUGACAGGACAUUUUUAAGUCUUGAGGAAUCGUAGCCGGCUUCAAUAUCAUACUUAUUCGUGGCAUGCAAAUUAAAAGAAGUGAAGCGUAGCUGUGAAGAUGGAGAAGGAGCCGAGGAAGCUGAUUUUUGGAGCAACUCCUGCACUCGUCUUCUUGCUUUCCCUUUCUCUGCUUUGCGUUUGCGUUGAUUUCUUCUGGGGGAAUACAGUUCCCUUUGAUCGAUGGGUGCAGUAUUUUUCUACUUCGGAAGCUGGAUUUAGAGACGGAAAGGCCGUCAACAAGACGCUGGAGGAGCAGGAGUUCAUCAGGUUUCACUUGGCAAGACUUGUGAGAGGCGAGGACCGGAGAGAUCUUGAUGCUACUGGCUUCGCAUGCGACAGGGCUGUACACUCUGUUGUUUGUGUAUCAAAUAAGCAUGUCAGAAUUGAUACCAGGAACAUGACGGUUUACAUACCGUCUGAUCAGGCUGUGGAGCAUGAAACUGUCGUUCGGCCUUAUGCUAGGCAGGAAGAUGAGCUCAAAGUUAUCACACCGGUCCGCAUGCUACAAUACAGGAACACCACAGUUCCACCGGAGUGCCAGUACAACCACGACGUCCCGGCCGUGGUUUUCUCGUCUGGCAGCACCGGCAACGUCUUCCAUGAAAUGAAUGAAAUCAUAAUCCCUCUGUAUAUUACUACUAAACAGUUCCAAUCCCGAGUCCUGUUCGUUCUUGAGGAUUAUAAGCCGUCGUUCAUGACCAAAUAUGGGAAGGUUUUGUCACGCCUGUCAGCUUAUGAGGUUAUGAAUCCAGCUGCAAAUGGAAGUUUGCACUGUUUUCCAGGUUCGGUAGUUGGGCUGAAAUACCAUGAUAAUUUGGCCCUGAAUUCCAGCGACAUUCCAGGGGGGUAUUCGAUGUCUGAUUUCAGGCAUUUUCUCAGACAGGCUUAUGAUCUCAAGUUCGUGCACGUCUCACAGAUAACUAAACCGAGGUUGAUGCUUCUGUCGCGUACAAACACUAGAAGGUUUCUGAAUGAAGACGAGAUGAUUGCCCUGAUGGAAGGGAUAGGCUUUCAAGUACUCGUGAUCAGAAGAUCGAAAGUGAUAUCGAAUUUGAACAAAUUCUCCCAGCUGAUUAAUUCCUGCAGCGUGUUGGUUGGAGCUCAUGGGGCUGGCCUAACGAAUGAGAUAUUCCUGCCGUCCGGUGCUGUGAUGGUGCAAGUGGAGCUACUUGGGACGGAGUGGGCCUCAAACACCUACUACGGCGAUACUGCUCGUGCAAUGGGCGUGCACUAUUUGAGAUACAAGAUUGAAGCGGAGGAGAGUUCACUUGUAAAAUUGUAUGGACAGAACCAUUCAGUUGUGACUGACCCUGGAUCUGUGUACAGAGAUGGUGGAUAUCGAGCGGCUAGAACUGUGUAUCUUGAUCAGCAGAAUGUGAGGGUUAAUCUGGUAAGGUUUAGGGAGACACUUGUUGAAGCCCUCAGUAUUGUGACGGAUUUAGACAGGUAAACAAGGACUCACCGUGUCAGAGGUUAAUUGAGGUAAUUGGACACAGAAGCAAAUAACAUCUUGCUUGUGUAUAUACAAGGAUAAUCAUCUUGUUGCCUGGAAAAUUAAGGCAACAUUUUGUUUCCAUUGUUCAGAUUCUCUUAUUUCAUUAAGUGUACGCAGAAUUAAUUCUUUUGUAUUCAAGUCAGAUAUGUAUGACAUUCUAAAUUGAGUUCAAGUGAAAAUAUCCGGUCUGAGGAAUCUUGAUUCAA